CUUUGGUCUAUGGCCAUACUGUACUAAACGCGCGAAUUGCGUUCGUUCUAUAUUUUUAUCUCCCUUUCUCUUUGCUGCUUUCAUUUCCCAGGUUUGUUUGUUAUGCGACCAACAGAACAAAUGCUAUAGUUCAAGAUUGUCACAUGUGUCUGGAAUUGGUUACUUAUUGUUAAUUUAUCGUCGUUUGUCACUAAGGAAUACAGCGUGGAUCUUCUUUUAAAUAUUCUUUCAUACGCCUGCACUAGCGUGUAUUAUAUAUUAAAAUAUUUCGGCAUGGUUAUUCGAAGCAAUGAAAUAAAACACCUUAUGGAACAAGUACAAAGCGAUUGGAAUUCCUUGCAGAAUGAGGAGGAACUUAGAAUUAUACACAGACAUACUAGAAAUGCACGAGAUUUUAUAACCAUUACGAUAACAUGUUUCUAUCUGAUUAUAUUAUUCGUAACGGUGGCAUUUCUUUGGCCUAAUAUUCUCAACAUCGUGAUGCCGUUGAAUGAAUCGCGUCGGUCGCGACAAUUUCCGGACGCGAUGGAAUACUUUAUCGAUCAAGAAAAGUACAUUUAUUUGUUAACAUUUUACUCGGUCGUGAUAGCUUUCGUCACUGUCAGUGUUACACUAUCCAUAGAAGCAUUUGGCGUCUUACACAUACAUCACAUAUGCGCGAUGUUUCAAAUUGUCAGUUAUCGGAUUGAAUGUAUUGUGAAGAAAAACGAGAUGAAAUCGUUAAACGUAGUCCCAAAACAAUCCAACAGCUUUUACAAAAGUAUCGUGGAAGUUGUUGAUAGUCACCAAAGUGUCAUUGAGAUCGUCAGUAAUCUGAAAUCUUCUUUUGAUUUCGUCUUUUUGCUUUCCAUUCCUCUGGCCGUAAUAUCGCUGAGCAUUAAUCUAUAUCGUCUGUGCCUGUACCUUAAGACGCAUGAUAUUGGCAUCAUAAGCUUGUCGGGCUUGUUCGUUAUCAGUCAUUUUAUUUACAUAUUCUUCAGCAAUAACAAUUGUCAGAAAAUAAUAGAUUAUAGCGACGGUGUAUUCAAAACACUAUGCAGCACUCGAUGGUACGCGACUCCAGUAUACGUACAAAAGUAUCUGCUGCUAAUAAUGUGCAGAAGUAUGAAAACUUCUUCGAUUUUGGUCGGUCACAUAUUCGUGCCUUCGUUACAAGGCUACGCCACGGUAAAACGAGGAAAUGUGCAGGAAGUACGAAAGAUUAGUAUUUUCGUAUAUAAAAGACACAUGUUCUGUUUCAGCUUAUCAGUUCGUCUUUAUCAUAUUUUAUGGUAAUUUAUUCUUCUUUUGGACGUUCUAUGGAUGAAACGUAUAAUUACAAUCAAUUCCUGUGAUACAACCGAUGUACAUCAAUAAUCGAUGAAAUUGUGAUCGAUAAGUAGAAUAUUUUCGCAAAGACAAGUGUGUGUACUAUACAUGAAAAACUGAUAUCUUUAAAUCUCUAUGAAUUCUGACUCAAUUUUGUAUUUACGAAUAAUAAUUUUAUAUUGUCUAU